CUCUUAGAGCUGGGGCCACUGUGCCAGCGCCACUCUGUCAGGCUGCGGGCCAUCUUCCGAGCUACGCCGCCCGCCAACCCAUUACCCACGACCGGCCGCCCGCCGCGGGUUCAGGGCGGACCAUGCGCCCGCCGAGCCCGCCGCCCGCCCGCUGGCUCUGCGUGUUGGCAGGAGCCCUCGCCUGCGCCCUCGGCCCCGCGGCUGCAGUAAGAUGUGGGACAACCUUACCUGCUGGCCGGCUACCCCUCGGGGCCAGGUAGUCGUCUUGGCCUGCCCCCUCAUCUUCAAGCUCUUCUCCCCCAUUCAAGGCCGCAACGUGAGCCGCAGCUGCACAGAUGAGGGCUGGACACAGCUGGAGCCUGGCCCCUACCCUAUUGCCUGUGGCUUGGAUGACAAGGCAUCAAGUUUGGAUGAGCAGACAAUGUUCUACCACUCCGUGAAGACUGGCUACACUAUCGGCUACAGCCUGUCCCUUGCCACGCUUCUGAUCGCCACCGCAAUCUUGAGCCUGUUCAGGAAGCUCCACUGCACGCGGAACUACAUCCACACGCAUCUCUUCGUAUCCUUCAUCCUGAGGGCUGCUGCCGUCUUCAUCAAAGACUUGGCCCUCUUCGACAGCGGGGACUCAGACCACUGUUCUGAGGGCUCGGUGGGCUGUAAGGCAGCCGUGGUCUUUUUCCAGUACUGUGUCAUGGCCAACUUCUUCUGGCUGCUGGUGGAGGGUCUCUACCUGCAUACCCUGCUUGCCGUCUCCUUCUUCUCCGAGCGGAAGUACUUCUGGGGGUACAUACUCAUCGGCUGGGGGGUGCCCAGCACAUUCACCAUGGUGUGGACCAUCAUCAGGAUCCAGUUUGAGGAUUAUGGGUGCUGGGACACCAUCAACUCCUCAUUAUGGUGGAUCAUAAAGGCCCCCAUCCUCACCUCCAUCUUGGUGAAUUUCGUCCUAUUUAUUUGCAUCAUCCGAAUCCUGGUUCAGAAACUGCGACCCCCCGAUAUUGGGAAGAAUGACAGCAGUCCAUACUCGAGGCUGGCCAAGUCCACGCUCCUGCUGAUCCCCCUGUUUGGAGUGCACUACAUCAUGUUCGCCUUCUUCCCAGACAACUUUAAGGCUGAAGUGAAAAUGGUCUUUGAGCUCGUCGUGGGAUCUUUCCAGGGUUUUGUGGUGGCCAUCCUCUACUGCUUUCUCAAUGGUGAGGUGCAGGCUGAGCUGCGGCGGAAGUGGCGACGCUGGCACCUGCAGGGCGUUCUGGGAUGGAACCCCAAACACCAGAACCCGUGGGGAGGCAGCAGCGGCGCCACGUGCAGCACGCAAGUCUCUAUGCUGACCCGCGUCAGCCCCAGCGCGCGCCGCUCCUCCAGCUUCCAGGCCGAAGUCUCCCUGGUCUGAUCACCCCAGGCCCGGGGAACCAAGGCGGGCCCCUUCAGCCUCUUCAUACCCACCAUGGCCAGCACCCGGACAGAGGCCUGCCCGAACGUGGGCAGCC